AAGGCACGGACAAAACUGAAAAGCAGAGUUUCCCACUUGACCACUCACUUCUCUCGCGCUGACGUCUCCAGUCUCGUCGUCUGCUUUCCUCCUUUCCGCCAUUUAAAAAGAAAAAUUUUAUUAUUUCAAAAACCUAGAGUAGAAAAGGCAAACCAGCGACCACCAAUCAACCGAACCAACCAACCAAUGAAUACGGAUCGCGAAUGCAGUAGGGUUUAAAAGCCAAAAAUCAAAGACGUUGACAGGGAGAGGACAUUAAUGGAACCAAGAAUCCCAACACCUGGAAUCUCUCCAUUGUCUCCAAGCGCCCACCACAUCGCAACACGCAAACCCUAGUUCACCGCCUUCCGGGUUUAGUGUUAGAGAGAGAAAGAGGGGGUGGGGGGGGAGAGAGAGAGAAAGAGGGAAAGGGUCUUUCACGCUAGCCCCACCAAAGAUCCUCUCUCUCUACAGUGAUUCCUGUCGCCCUCAAUCACGACUUUCCAACACUUGUUUCACCUUCCUUUCUCUCUCUUACCCGCUUUGUGUCUAUUUAUUAAUUGGUGUUCGUUUGUCUUCAAAUGAAUUCCGCCUCGGUUGUCAAAGACUCCGAAGAAGGGGCUGUCUCUGAUACAACUGUCCUCGAGGCUUCUAGGGCUUCUGAUAGAGCUGAAGCUGCUGACAACGUAGAGGAGGAGGCCGUGGACAAGAGAGACGACCCGAUGGAAGAGGACUCCGCCUCUCCGCCUACCGUCUUCCGCAUCAGACUUAAGCAGCCUAAUUCCAAUUUGCGCCACAAAAUGAGUGUUCCCGAGCUAUGUCGUAAUUUCAGUUCCGUUUCUUGGUGUGGGAAGCUGAACAUUAUAGCAUGUGCCUCAGAGACUUGUGCAAGAAUUCCAAGUUCUAAUGCAAACCCUCCAUUCUGGAUCCCCAUACACAUUGUGAACCCUGAGCGACCUACAGAAUGUGCAGUAUUCAAUGUCAUAGCAGAUUCUCCACGCGAUUCGGUUCAGUUUAUUGAAUGGUCCCCAGCUUCUUGCCCUCGUGCUUUACUAAUUGCCAAUUUUCAUGGGAGGAUAACUAUCUGGACUCAGCCCUCUCAAGGGCCUGUCAAUCUGGUACGAGAUGGCAGCUGCUGGCAAUGUGAAUAUGAGUGGCGUCAAGAUAUUGCAGUAGUUACAAAGUGGUUGUCAGGAAUGUCGCCGUAUAGGUGGGUUUCCUCGAAUUCAAGUAGCUCUGCAAACUCAAAAUCAGCUUUUGAGGAAAAGUUUCUUUCACAGCAGCCUCAAACUUCAGCUAGGUGGCCAAAUUUUCUUUGCGUUUGUUCCGUUUUCUCCUCGGGAUCUGUUCAACUUCACUGGUCUCAGUGGCCUCCCAACCAGACUGGUGCAGCAUCAAAGUGGUUUUCCACAAGCAAAGGAUUGCUAGGAGCUGGGCCUAGUGGUAUCAUGGCUGCUGAUGCUAUCAUUACUGAAGCAGGUACAAUGCAUGUAGCUGGUGUUCCAAUUGUAAACCCAUCUACUGUUGUUGUUUGGGAAGUUACACCAGGCCCUGGGAAUGGAAUUCAGGCAACUCCAAAAACAACUACCACUAAUGGGGUCCCACCAUCAGUAAACCCCCCUAGCUGGGCAGGUUUUGCCCCUCUGGCUGCAUAUUUAUUCAGUUGGCAAGAGUAUUUGGGAUCUGAAGGAACGUUAAAGGAUACAGUGUCACUUCAUUGUUCGCCAGUUUCGAACUUUUCUGCGUAUGUGAGUCCUGAAGCAGCAUCUCAGUCAUCAGCAACCACCACAUGGGGUUCUGGAGUAACUGCAGUUGCUUUUGAUCCAACACGGGGCGGGUCUGUCAUAACUGUUGUGAUUGUUGAAGGGCAGUACAUGUCCCCUUAUGAUCCCGAUGAGGGCCCAUCAAUCACAGGAUGGAGAGUGCAGCGCUGGGAAUCAUCUCUCCAAGCUGUUGUCCUUCAUCCAAUAUUUGGUAACCCCACAUCCAGUUUUGGUGGGCAGGCACCAAUGCAAACUGUUUGGCUGACUAGAGUUAAUAAAAGCAUUCCACCAACAAGUGAUUUUAAAAGUCCAUCAGCCGGUCAAUCAGGACCAACCCCCAACGAACGAAGUACACCUGAUUCCUCGGUUGAUAAAGGAAACAGGGUUUAUUUUGAUCCCUUUGAUCUGCCUAGUGAUAUUCGAACUCUAGCUCGAAUUGUUUAUUCUGCUCAUGGUGGUGAGGUUGCUGUAGCUUUUCUCCGGGGUGGGGUCCACAUAUUUUCUGGGGCAAGCUUCACUGAAGUUGAUAACUACAUUGUUAAUGUUGGCUCUGCAAUUGCUACACCUGCUUUCUCUUCUACUAGCUGCUGUUUAGCUACUGUUUGGCAUGAUAACAACAAGGACCGAACUAUUUUGAAGAUAAUCCGUGUUCUUCCUCCUGCUGUUCCUAGUAGUCAAGUGAAGGUUAAUGCAGCAACCUGGGAGCGUGCGAUUGCAGACAGGUUUUGGUGGAGCCUUUUGGUUGGAGUUGAUUGGUGGGAUGCAGUUGGCUGUACACAGAGUGCUGCAGAAGAUGGUAUUGUCUCACUAAACAGUGUCAUUGCGGUAUUGGAUGCGGAUUUUCAUUCUCUUCCAUCUACUCAGCAUAGACAACAACAUGGCCCUAGCCUAGAUAGGAUAAAGUGCAGGCUGCUGGAAGGUACAAAUGCUCAGGAGGUUAGGGCUCUAGUUUUAGAUAUGCAAGCAAGGUUACUGCUCGACAUGCUAGGAAAAGGAAUUGAAUCAGCUCUAAUAAAUCCUGCGAAUUUAGUAAGUGAGCCUUGGCAGGCUUCUGGGGAGAUGUUAUCUGGAAUAGACCCAGAUGCAAUGACUGUUGAACCAGCACUAGUCUCAAGCAUCCAGGCAUAUGUUGAUGCAGUGCUUGAUCUUGCGUCACACUUCAUCACACGCUUGCGCCGUUAUGCAAGUUUCUGCCGUACAUUGGCCAGUCAUGCUGUUGGAGCGACUUCUAGCACAGGCAGCAAUAGAAAUAUGGUUACAAGUCCUACCCAUAGCUCAGCAUCUUCUGUAACCAGUCAGGGAGGUCAAAGUGGAACAAGUUCCACGGGAAACUCCCAGAUGCAAGCUUGGAUGCAAGGUGCUAUUGCUAAAAUUAGUAGCAGUAGUGAUGGAGUUUCUUAUUCAACACCAAACCCUAUGAGUGGUCCAGCUCCCUUUAUGCCAAUUAGUAUCAAUACAGGAACUUUUCCAGGAACUCCUGCUGUCAGGCUCAUUGGGGAUUGCCAUUUUCUUCAUAGAUUAUGCCAACUUCUGCUUUUUUGCUUUUUCUUUCGGCGAAAGCAGAUGCCUCGUUAUAUAGGGGGUGCACAGAGAAACACUGAUUCAAAUAUGCAAAAGCCUCAGCCUGUCGCCCCUGGAAAGGUGGAGGAAGUAAACUCUGUGCCAGCAAGACCAGCACCAGGGAUGACCAGGUCAGAGGAUGUCCAGGGAGCUCGGACUGGGCAGCCUGUUUCUGGAGCAAAAGGGGUUGAAGAAGGUCCAGUUAGCCGGUCGGUCAGAGUAGGUUCUGGAAAUGCUGGUCAAGGGUACACUUUUGAUGAGGUUAAGGUUCUUUUCCUCAUCCUAAUGGAUCUCUGUAGAAGAACAGCAGGUUUGGCACAUCCAUUGCCAGUUUCUCAGGUUGGAGGAAGCAAUAUCCAGAUCCGCUUGCACUAUAUUGAUGGGAACUACACCGUUCUACCUGAGGUCGUAGAAGCAUCCCUUGGUCCACAUAUGCAGAAUAUGCCACGUCCUAGAGGUGCGGAUGCUGCUGGUUUGCUACUUCGUGAGUUGGAACUCCAUCCUCCAGCUGAAGAGUGGCAUAGACGUAAUAUGUUUGGUGGCCCCUGGUCUGAUCCUGAAGGUGCUAUAGAUGAUAACUCCAAGCUGAGCAAUUCUUUUGGCCCAUUUGAGUUUAAUUCCUCUGAAGAUUACAAUAGUUAUUAUGGAGACCUUGGCCUCUGGCCAAGGAAGCGCAGGAUGUCUGAGAGGGAUGCAGCUUUUGGCUUGAAAACUUCAGUGGGCUUGGGAGCAUAUUUUGGUAUCAUGGGAUCUCGAAGAGAUGUUGUCACUGCUGUGUGGAAAACAGGUCUUGAAGGGGUUUGGUACAAGUGCAUAAGAUGUUUACGGCAAACUUCUGCAUUUGCUUCACCUGGAAGUGCUAGUCCUAAUCAAAAUGACCGAGAGGCAUGGUGGAUAAGCCGCUGGUGUUAUGGCUGCCCAAUGUGCGGUGGAACAUGGGUUCGAGUUGUAUAGGAAGUUGGAUGCAGUGUUUCAGCUAUCAGAAGUGGAUCAUCUUACCGGGUGGAGUUGGACUUGGCUAAGAAGUGGCAGUAACGGUCAGUAUUGCAUUGAGAAAAUCCAGGGCCCUAUCACGCUGGUAGAAUGCAUGAAGACGAAGUCUGUCGAGUUGGGAAUGUUUUAGUCAAUUGCACCAAAAUGAGCAUGGGCAAGGUCAAUAGCUCGUAUUGCCCGACAGAUGUUCGUGAUCUUUCUUUUCUCCGUCAUGUUCAUUGAGCAUGGCAACAUAAUUGUGAAUUUAUCGGGGCAUGAAAUCACCUAUUCUUUUUGGGUUUCAACUUCCAACAUAUGAAAAAAGAAAAUUUCUUGUCCCCUUGAAAAAACUUUAUUAUCCGUAAUUUAGAGACGUAUCAGUGUAUCACGGUAUAGUUUUGAGUAUUUGAGUAUUAA